ACAAAGUUAAGGCGUUGGUGAAUUUGAGUGUCCAUUUUUUCCCAAGGAACCCACACAUGAAUACGGUGGAGGGGUUUAAGGCUUUAUAUGGAGAAGAUCAUUAUAUCUCGAGAUUUCAGGUACCGGGCAAAAUUGAAGCUGAAUUUGCUCCAUAUUGUGCUAAGGUUGUGCUGAAGAAAUUUUUGACAUUCCGCGAUCCUGCACCAUUUUAUUUUCCUAAAGGCAAAGGCCUUGACGCUAUCCCUGAUGCUCCGGCUGCCCUUUCAUCUUGGCUGUCUGAGGAAGAGUUGGAUUACUAUGCCUGCAAGUUUGAGAAGACUGGUUUCACUGGUGCAGUCAACUAUUACCGAGCUCUUCCCUUAGACUGGGAACUCACAGCACCAUGGAUGGGGGUGCAAGUUAAAGUUCCGACCAAGUUUAUCGUUGGUGAAUUCGACUUGGUUUAUCAUAUACCGGGUGCUAAAGAGUACAUACACAAUGGCGGAUUUAAGAAAGAUGUUCCAUUGUUGGAGGAAGUUGUGAUUUUGGAAGGCGCAGCUCACUUCGUCAACCAAGAAAGGCCAGAUGAGAUUAGCAAACACAUCUAUGACUUCAUUCAAAAGUUUUAAACUUUACUCUUUUCUCACUACCACAAGUCGAGUCCGACUCUCGGACGUCUUUGAUUGGAUUGAUGGAGACAGAUGUAUAGAAAGUAUGUUGUGCUUGAUUGUACUUGUUUUGAUUUUGAUAACUCUUCUAAUAAUAACUUUCUAAGAGAUUGUUCUUAUGGUUAUUACUUUUUAUGCUAUAAAAGAUUGCUCUUAAGGUGAAUUGAUGGUCAUUUUUACCAGUAAUAAUAAUUGUUGCUAAAACAGGCUAACUUUAUUGAAAAUUAUUGCAUCUUCCCCAAGGUAGUGGUAAGGUCAGGUCUGCGACACCUUACCCUCCCCAGACCUCACUUUUGAAAUUUUACUCGAUAUGUU